GCGCGCCUGCCCUUCUCCAUCGAGAACAUACUGCGGCCCGACUUCGGGCGCGGCCCGGGCCGGCCGCGGCUGCCGACGCUGCAGCGGCGACUCGACGCCGCGCGUCCCGUCGACCUGCGCAAGGAGCGGCUGCCGCCGCCGCCGGCCAACCCGCAGGAGCUGGCCAACCCGCCGCUGCCCUCCGAGGACAAGAUGGUCUGGCCCGCCUGGGUCUACUGCACGCGCUACUCAGACCGGCCGUCGUCAGGGCCCCGGUCGCGGCGCACCAAGAAGCCCAAGUCGAGUGAGGAGAAGCGGCCGCGCACCGCCUUCACCUCCGAGCAGCUGGACCUGCUGAAGCGCGAGUUCGACGAGAACCGCUACCUCUCGGAGAAGCGGCGCCAGGACCUGGCGCGCCAGCUCGGCCUCAACGAGUCGCAGAUCAAGAUCUGGUUCCAGAACAAGCGCGCCAAGAUCAAGAAGAGCUCUGGUCAGAAACCGGUGCUGGCCCGGCGCCUCAUGGCCCAGGGUCUGUAUAACCACGCCACCAUUGCCGUCGAGGAAGAAGAGGAAAUUCUGAAAAUGUGCAAAUCUAGUUUAUAAACAACGCUGUGGGCAAAGCGUUCUGGGCUGGCAGCCGACAAACCAAAGACGCCCCUAUCUGUGAUACAGCCGUGUGCUGGCGCCCGGGCGCCGACGAACCGCUCCCGAGGGGGCGCCGC